AUGCGUUUCUCAGGCUUGUUGCUGCUCGGCCUCAGUGGGCUAGGAGCAAGCUCUCCCCUCGACUCGCAUAUAGUCCAUGAGAGGAGACAUGCGUUGCCAGUUGCUUGGACCAAGCAUUCGCGUGCGCCGAAAGACACGGUGCUGCCUGUCAGGAUUGGUUUGAACCAGCGAAACUUGGAGCAUUCAGACCGCUUCCUCGACGAUAUCUCGGACCCAGACUCGCCGAACUUUGGAAAGCACUGGACUGCGGAACAAGUUGCGAAUACCUUUGCACCGCACCCAGAAGCGUCGAAAACGACUCUUGAAUGGCUCCAGAAUUCAGGCGUUGAUCUGAAGAGGGUCAAGCACUCGGUUGGACGCAACUGGGUGGAGUUCUCCGCCACGGUUGAGGAGCUCGAAGGCCUGCUUCAAACAGAGUAUCACUACUACAAGCACAAGGCUUCCGGCGGCUUCCGCAUUGCAUGCGAUGAGUACGGACUGCCACAGCGCGUUGGCAAGCAUGUCGACUUUGUGAUGCCCACUGUCCAGCUUGACGGCCUGCAGCCCGUGGCUCAGGCCAAGGCGUCGAUCCAGGCCGCCGUCAACAUUAUCGGUCUUUCCGGCACCGCAAAUUGCUCUUCUCUGAUCACUAUCGAUUGUCUGAGAGCGAUCUACAAUCUCCCCGUCGGCAAGUACAACCACACCGGCAACCAACUCGGAAUCGCAGAGUGGGCCGACUACCUAUACCUCCCUGACCUGAAGACGUUCUUCGAGAACUUCACCUCUCCCAAGAUCCCAUCGGACGUUGUGCCCGAGUUCAUCUCCAUCGAUGGCGGAAAGGCUUCGAACCUGUCUUUGGCCCAGCAAGAGAAGGUCAUUGAGAGCGCGCUGGACUUCCAGACCGCCUACUCCAUCAUCUGGCCCCAAAAUACCCGUUUGUACCAGAACGGCGACUCGGUGAACGUCGACUCCGUGGGAACGUUUAACAUCUUCUUGGAUGCUCUGGAUGCUUCCUACUGCACUUACCAGGGCGGUAACCAACCGUACGUUGAUCCCGCCUACCCUGAUCCCAACGACGCGCCUGGUGCCUACACCGGUCCGCUGCAAUGUGGCGGAGCUCCAAUGAGCAACGUCAUCUCCGUUUCAUACGAUCAGAUUGAGGGCGCACUCCCGCGAUUCUACCAGGAGCGCCAGUGCCGCGAAUGGAUGAAACUGGCUCUGCAAGGUGUGAGCGUCAUCUUCGCAUCUGGCGACUCUGGCGUCGCCAACAAAUACAACUCCGGGUACAACAACAGCUGCCUCGACUCGGAAUACGGUUAUGUCGACGAGCAGGGAACGCGCUUCUCGCCCUCGUUCCCUGCCAGCUGCCCUUACAUCACCUCAGUCGGCGCAACAACCCUCCUCAACUCGUCCAUCUACGGCGGCGAAAAAGCAGUCGCCUCCCCCAAAGGCCUUCAAUCCUACUACUCGGGCGGCGGCUUCUCCAGCGUCUUCCCACGCCCGUCUUGGCAAUCCAAAGCCGUAUCCAAGUACCUCGACAAGCACGCGCCCAAGUACGGCGAAUCCGUCUUCAACUCCUCCGGCCGCGGCUACCCAGACGUCUCCGCCCUCGGCCUCAACCUGGCAACCGUGUGGCUGGGCAAAACCUACGGCAUCAGCGGCACCUCAGCCUCGGCGCCCAUCUUCGCCAGCAUCAUCAACCUGCUGAACGAGGAGCGGUUGGAGAAGGGCAAAAAUCCCAUUGGGUUCUUGAACCCCAUCAUCUACAAAUACCCCGAGAUGUUCAAUGAUAUCACUGUCGGUGGGAAUCCGGGGUGUGGGACACAGGGGUUCCCCGCUAGUCCUGGCUGGGAUCCGGUGACGGGUGUUGGGACCCCGGAUUACAACAAGAUGAGGAAGGUGUUUUUAGACCUGAAGUAA